AUGGUUGGCAAGAUCCAUGUGGCCAUCGUUGGCUUCUUCAGCGUGACCGGUGCCCUGGGCGCCACGCGAUGGAAUCUGCGUAGAGAUGAGACACCGUCAAUGUCCUAUGACCCGGAAACCACCUCGUACUGUACAUGGUGGUGGGACAAUGACGGGUCAAUUGCGUGCGAGAACAUCCCGUCCGCUUGGGGCAUCUCGCUGGCCGACUUCCGGCGAUGGAAUCCCUCCAUCACGGAGACAUGUGGGAACUUAUUGGCGGACCGCUCCUACUGUGUCGAGGCCUAUGGGGAACCAGCCCCGACGACAUCUGCGCCCACCACUACUACCACAGCUGGUGCGCCGGGUCCAACCCAACCAGGCCAGAUUGACUCCUGCAACCGUUGGGAUCUGGUGGAGUCCGGCAACACUUGUGAUACCUUCACCAACAAGUAUCCCGGUUUAACGCGCCAGCUGCUGGUGGAAUGGAACUCGGAGAUAGGCGCCCAGUGCCAGUACCUCUGGGUAGACUACUACAUCUGCACGGGGAUCAAAGGAUGGACGCCCUCGGGCACAACCUCUGGCACGACGCCCACGGCCACCAACGGCAUCCCCACGCCGACCCCCAUCCAACCCGGCAUGAUUGAGACCUGCAACAAAUUCCACCUUGUCUCGUCUGGCGAUGACUGCGGCACUAUCGCCUCGAAGUACGGCAUCUCGCGCGCUGACUUCCUCGCGUGGAACUCGGGCGUGGGCGCCGGCUGUGGCUCGCUCUGGUUAGACUACUACGUCUGCGUGUCCAUCGUAGGCUCAAAGCCCUCCACCACGACCAGUCCGACCAGUCCGACCAACGGCGUCACAACCCCAACCCCCAUCCGCCCGGGUAUGGUCGCCAACUGCGACAAGUUCCACAUGGUCGUCGACGGCGAUGAAUGCCGCGCCCUCGCCAACAGUAACGGCAUCACGCUCGAUCAGCUCGUGACCUGGAAUCCAGAAGUAAAGGCUGAUUGCAGCGGUCUCUGGCUGGGCUACUACAUCUGCGUGAAAGUCAUCGGCGUAAAACCGACCGCAACUACCACGACCGGGCCCACGCAACCAACCAACGGCGUCGCAACUCCAACUCCCAUCCUUCCGGGCAUGGUUGCGAACUGCGACAAGUUCCAUAUGGUUGUCGAUGGCGACCAAUGUGGCAACAUCGCACAGAAGUACGGCAUCAGCCAAAGCCAGUUUACGAAAUGGAACCCUCAAGUCGGCUCCGGCUGCUCAGGCCUCUGGCUGGGGUACUAUGUCUGCGUGAAGACCAUCGGCACAACCCCUACCAUCACCACCACUACCACCACCACCGGAAACGGAAUUACAACGCCGACGCCAACCCGGCCGGGCAUCGUGGGCAACUGCGAUGCCUUCCACAAGGUCAAAUCGGGCGAUACAUGCGACGCGCUCGCGGGCAAAUACGGCAUCACCACUAACCAGCUGUACACGUGGAACACGCAGAUUGGCACCAACUGCGGUGGCCUAUGGGUGGACUACUACAUCUGUGUGAGCAUUGUAGGGGUUAACCCAAAGCCUACCACGACGACCACGACGACCACGACGAAGGGUAAUGGCGUAGCGACACCAACGCCCAUUCAGACCGGGAUGACCGGCACCUGCAACAAGUUCUAUAAGGUGGUGAGCGGGGAUAGCUGCGAGACGAUCGCAAAGAAGGCGGGGGUCACGUUGGCGAACUUCUAUGCGUGGAAUAAGGGAGUUGGCAGUAGUUGUCAGACACUGUGGCUGGGAUACUAUGUGUGUACCGGGGUGAAAUAG